AUGCUUGCUGCCCGUGCCUCGCGUCUGACCCUGCAGGGUCUCCCCCGCACUUCGCUGCGCACGUUUGCUACUUCUUCGUCGCGUCUUGCUAACACGCUUGUGUACCUCGAGCACAAGAAUGGCGAGAUCAACCCGGCCUCGCUCUCGGCGCUGACCGCCGCGACGAAGCUCGGUGGUGACAUCCACGGCAUCGUCCUCGGCAGCUCGAAGGACGCCAAGGCUGUCGGUGAGAAGGCUGCCAAGGUCUCUGGCCUUGCCAAGGUGCUUGUCGGCUCCUCGGAUGCCUUUGCCAACCAGCUCUCGGAGCCCAUUGCGCCCCUCCUCAAGUCGCUCGUCGAAUCGAACAGCUACACGCACCUUGUCGCUGGUCACACCGCCAUUGGCCGUGACGUUAUUCCCCGUGCUUCGGCGCUGAUUGACGCUUCGCAGAUCUCGGACAUUAUCCAGGUCGACGGCGAGGACACCUUUGUCCGCCCUAUCUACGCCGGUAACGCGCUCGCUACCGUCAAGUCCACGGACAAGAUCAAGGUGGUGACCGUCCGUGGCACCGCCUUUGAUGCCGCCUCGACCGAGGGCGGCAGCGCCUCUGUCGAGGACGUGGACGUCGGCAGCCCCGAGGAGCUCACCAAGUUCCUCGAGGAGAAGAUCAACGAGUCGACCCGCCCCGACCUCGGCACCGCCGCGCGCGUCGUGUCGGGUGGCCGUGCGCUCAAGUCCGCCGAGGGCUUCUCCAAGUACAUUGAGCCGCUCGCCGACAAGCUCAAGGCCGCCGUCGGUGCCUCGCGUGCCGCCGUCGACGCCGGCUACGCGGACAACGCGCUGCAGGUCGGCCAGACCGGUAAGAUCGUUGCCCCUGAGCUGUACGUUGCUGUGGGUAUCAGCGGUGCCAUCCAGCACCUGGCUGGUAUGAAGGACAGCAAGACGAUCGUCGCGAUCAACAAGGACCCCGAGGCGCCCAUCUUCCAGGUGGCCGACCUGGGCCUGGUGGCCGACCUCUACGAGGCUGUGCCGGAGCUCACCGAGAAGCUCUAG